AGCGCGCUAAUGAAAUGCUAAUACCCGGGCGCCGAGCCGGUCGCUGCCGGCACCAAUAAAACCCGGCGCGGAGCCGGGGCUCUGCCCGGUGCCAGUCCGCAGCCAUGCAGAGCGCAGCCCCCGCGCCGGCCGCCCCCGCCCUGCACCUGCUCACCUCCUACUUCAUCGACAGCAUCCUGGGCCGGAGCCCCGCCGCCAGGCGGCAAGGCGGGGACCCCACGGAGCCGCCCGAGCCCCGCCCCGCGCCGCUGGCGGCAGAGAAGCGCCCGGUCCCCGGCGCCUGGGCGGCGGAGGACGCGGCGGAGGAGGACCCGGCGAGGGGCAGCGGCGGCCCGGGGGAGCCGGCGGCCGGUCUCUCCGGCUCUGCCCCCGCAGCCGCGGCCGAGGCGCCGGGGCCGCUGAAGCGGAAGCAGCGGCGCUAUCGCACCACGUUCAGCAACUUGCAGCUGGAGCAGCUGGAGCGGGCGUUCCGCAAGUGCCACUACCCCGACGUGUUCACCAGAGAGGAGCUAGCACUGCGUCUGGAUUUAACAGAAGCCAGAGUUCAGGUCUGGUUUCAAAACAGAAGGGCAAAAUGGAGGAAACGUGAAAAAACUGAAAUGUUAGGGAACGUUCCAGGACUCUCCUUAACGCAUCCAUUGGGUCUGUUCUUGGACAUUCCAUUGAGUCAGUCUCCUCUUCUGGACCAUGCAUGGAGAUCAAUGCCACUUUCAACAAUAGCUAUGCCAUCUGUAACUCCAGCAUUCAGCCCUGCAAGCUUAGGGCCGUUUGGUCUCAGCAGUCUUGCCUGGACAUCUCUCUUCAGAAAUCCAGUUUUAAGUCCCCAUUUUGGAAGAUUUCUCAAUGCUUUAAAUCCUCUCAUGACAACAGCUUCAGUCUUAAUGAAAGCGCCAGGACCCCCAUCAGACCCUGCUCUCACUGCCUUCACUGAUCCGGCAGCAGUUGAAAGGAAAACGUCGAGCAUUGCAGCACUAAGGCUCAAAGCGAAAGAACAUUCAGCACAAAUCCCUCAAUUAAACCUCCUAUCCAGUCUUACAAACACUAACAAAGAACUUUGUUAGGAACUUUCCCGCAGACUGCAGUAGCAUAGGAGAAAGCAAAUGCCUUCUCCCAUAAGUGGAUCCAGUUAUACAGAGGCAUAUAAAAAAAAACCCCACCCAUCCGUAGGUCUUCCAUCUGCAAGAUGGACUGAUGGAAAUUUUAAUCCUGCUAAAAAUAGCUUUCCUUUAUUGUAACACAAAAUUGUGCGGUCAUGUAGCAAAUUGAUAAAUGACUACCUAUGGUGAAUUUUUGACAUUACAAAAGAUAUACAUCAGGAAUUGACUCUUCUACAUAAAUAAAACUAAUGUAAAGAACGAGUUUCCUGUGAAACCCCAUGAUGUACUGGACAUUAGCACAACGGUUGAAAAUCCUGUGUAGAAAUAACUCUGGAGUUUUAUAAACAAUCCUUAAAUCAUGUCUCAGGAGGAACUGUGUAACUACAAUUGUUUAGACUAGUUAAGAAUCAAUAUAUGGUAUGUUCUUAAUUUAAAGAUCAUGCUUCACGUUGAAGUACAAAUGCCAGUGAAAUUUCACAAAGUAAACAGAAUGAUCAGGAAUGAGGUGUGAAAUAUUUUGAAUUUUGGGCUUUGAUUCAAAACUAGGUUUGUACAAAAUGUAUCUUGUUUCAAACUAAAAUAAACAAAAAUAGUUUGCCUAUA